UUUUAUUUUAUUUUUUACAAUUAUGGAAUAUUCUCUGCUGUGAAAAGCAUUAGUGACUCCAUGAAAAAUGACAGAGGAGGUCAUUGUUAUUGCCAAAUGGGAUUAUAUGGCACAGCAGGACCAAGAACUUGAUAUUAAGAAAAAUGAGCGCCUCUGGUUGCUGGAUGACUCCAAAACCUGGUGGCGUGUUAGAAAUGCAGCUAACAAGAUGGGAUAUGUACCGUCAAACUACGUGGAGAGGAAAAACAGCUUAAAGAAAGGAUCACUGGUUAAGAACUUGAAAGACACCUUGGGUCUGGGGAAGACUAAGAGGAAGACGAGCACUAGAGAUGCCUCACCCACUCCCAGUACUGAUGCAGAAUAUUCAACAAAUGGUACCAAUUCGGAUCGGAUCUAUGACAUAAACAUUCCAGCAUAUGUAAAGUUUGCAUAUACUGCAGAGAGAGAUGAUGAGCUCUCCCUCGUGAAGGGUUCACGAGUGAUUGUUAUGGAAAAAUGUAGUGAUGGCUGGUGGCGUGGGACACACAAUGGACAGGUUGGCUGGUUCCCAUCAAACUACGUAGUGGAAGAGGUUGAUGAAGCAACGGCUGAUUCCCCCAGUUUUCUCAGUUUGAGGAAAGGAGUGACUCUAAGCAAUGGACAGAACACUAAAAUUCUCCAUGUUGUUCAGACACUCUACCCGUUUAGUUCGGUAACCGAAGAAGAGCUGAACUUUGAGAAAGGAGAAAUCAUGGAAGUCAUUGAGAAGCCUGAAAACGACCCUGAAUGGUGGAAAUGUAAAAAUUCCAGUGGACAAAUUGGCCUUGUUCCCAAAAACUAUGUGGUUAUUUUAAAUGAUGGUCCUUCCAUAAAUAGUUCUCACAUGCACCAAAUAAGCUACACUGGCCCUGCAUGCACAGGACGCUUUGCUGGGAAAGGCUGGUACUAUGGAGGCGUCACAAGGCAUCAAGCUGAAUGUGCCCUGAAUGAAAGAGGAGCAGAGGGAGACUUUCUUGUCCGAGACAGUGAGUCUUCGCCCAGCGAUUUUUCCAUUUCACUAAAGGCAUCAGGAAAAAACAAGCACUUCAAAGUGCAGCUGGUGGACAGUGUCUAUUGUAUUGGACAGAGGAGGUUUAAGAGCUUGGACGAACUGGUGGAACAUUACAAAAAAGCCCCCAUCUUCACUAGUGAACAUGGCGAAAAGUUAUAUCUGGUGAAGGCACUGCCGUGACGUCAGACUGCUCCGCGGCCUCGCUCACACUGGCCUCUCAAUCUUCAAGCCUUAGUUCUGAGAAAUGACUUCCAGGGAACAGAGAGCCAUCAUUACAAAGGAAGCAGUCUUAAUAAUACGGGCUCCUCUGAUCCCACAAACACUCUGACAUAGUACUUUUAUCUUUUUUAUUUGUAUAUCCGUUCUGUCUUUUCUGUUUGUAAGUCAUCUUGCCCUCAGGUUGAAGACCUCACUCAAGUGACCAUUGUAAGCACUCACUGUCAGGCCUUGGUUGAAGGCCUCCUAUUCUGCACAUGUUUACAGUUCAUAGCUAGGUAUGACUAGCCCGAGGAAUAGGGGGCAACUUGAAGCAGUGUUAAGAAACGCUAUAUUAUUUUUUUUUUAAUCAUAUAAAAAGAAAAAUCUUUAUUGAAAGAUGUUAGGCACAACGACAUGCACUGAAGCUGCAGCAAAUAGUAAUAAUAAUGUAGACAUGCUGUAUCGGUAGUGGCUGUGAAACUUGUAGCCUUGUUGCUUACCAGGCUAGGCUGUAGAAACACUCUCUACACUGUACAGUGCUCUGCCACCUCCUCACCUCUCCGCACAAGUAUCGUGGCAGCAUAUCUCAGAACGCCCUGGUAACAUGAUUGUAGUACAUAGUGUAUUUGGUAAAAUAAUAGAAAGUUCAUAAGCAAGUUAUUUAAUUCCAAGUUCUACAUGAAAAGUAACCAAAUGUGCCAUCCUCAUUUUUUUCUAUGCCCCAUCCCCUGCCUGUUCUAAAUAUACAAUUAAGUAUUUAAUUAUAAGAGUAAAAUUUAUGUGUAGCUGUCUAUGCUAAUACA